AUGCCUUCGGACAACCACUUCAAGAGAGCCAUGUCUCUCAUCGAGGCGGACAAGACAAGGCUCCUCGGCCUGACCGUCGGAAAGCACGAGAACGUGCAGCCCGGACAAUUUGUCCCACGUUCAGAGGCUCAAGCUCCUCCCAAGCUCACCUUCGCCGGUGCAUCCCCCACCAGCACUUACUUGGUCGUGAGCCUGGAUGUCGACGCGCCAUUCCCCUCUCUCACCUUCCUGGGCCCGAUUCUGCACUGGAUCCAAUCCGAGGUGAAGGUUGGCGCCUCGUCCGUGCUCGAGUUCGACGCGCCCUUCGUCGCCAACUACAUCGGCCCGGCUCCUCCUCCUGGCAGCUCCCCUCAUCGCUACGUCUUCUUCCUGUAUGAGCAGCCUGCUGGUUUCAACCACAAGGACCAUGCUCCUGCUGAUGGAAAGACGUUGGGUAACAUGAGCCGCAUACGCUAUGACUUCGAUGCCUGGGCGGAGAAGAUCAAGCUCGAUGACCCUGUCGCUUUCAACUACUUCACGAGCAACUAG